AUGAGGUGCGAAUGGUGCAACGGGGAGGAUUGCGCCUGCCGCCUCUGCACAGUGUGCGGCGUGGGCGCGGGGCAGGGCGACGCGCGGCUGCUGCGGUGCGCCACAUGCCGCUCCCUGACGCAUGCGACGUGUGCGCCUUCGGAGGAGGCGGCGGCGGCGCCGCAAACGUUUUACUGCUCUGUGCCGUGCCGCCUCGGCGUGACGGUUGGCCGCAAUCCGGCGUUCAACGCGGCCCUCAGUGCCCGCCUGGAGCUGAAGUGUGAUCGCCUGUGGCAGGCGACGGCGGCGGCAGACGUGGCCGCCUACUGCCGGCUGCGCCACCGCAUGUGGGCGGAGUAUUUCGAGCGAGAGAAGCAGCAGCUCCCCAUGUUCCCGCGCUGCUGCGCUGCGGCGGAGGAUGUGCGGCUGCCGCUUUUGGAGCUGCUCUCGCCGGAGGGGCAGGCCGGGCUGCUCUGCACGCUGCACCCGCUUGAUCACCCGCUCGGCUCGGCGGUUGCGCUGCCGGCGCAGCGAGUCUGGCGAGUGCCGCGUGUGCAGCCCGGCAGCAGCAGCGACUACGUGGCGGAGGCGGCGGAGGUGCUCUGCGCGGCCCGGCGGGGAGCGACGACGCCACGCCGACACACCGACCUGCCGGGCACCGGGAGGAGGCGAGGGGCAGGUUAG